UACUAUAUAAAGAAAUAUUUAGAAUCCAUUCAGAACAUCAAAAGCACCAAAUAUGGAAAUGCAGUGGGUUUACAUUUGUACUGCUGCUUUGUUUGCAUGCUAUGUUUUUGUAAACAAAUUUUUGAGGAGGUUUAAUGGUUGGUACUAUCAUCUCAAAUUAAGAAACAAAGAGUACCCUUUGCCUCCAGGUGAUAUGGGAUGGCCACUUAUUGGCAACCUAUUAUCAUUUAACAAAAACUUCUCAUCUGGCCAACCUGAUUCAUUCACCACCAACCUUAUUCUCAAAUAUGGGAGAGAUGGUAUCUACAAAACUCACGUGUGUGGAAAUCCAAGUAUCAUAAUUUGUGAUCCUGAGAUGUGUAAGCGAGUGCUCUUAGAUGAUGUAAACUUUAAAAUUGGUUAUCCAAAAUCCAUCCAAGAAUUGACAAAAUGUAGACCCAUGAUUGAUGUCUCGAACGCAAAUCACAAGCAUUUUCGACGCCUAAUCACUGCUCCCAUGGUUGGUCACAAGGUGUUAGACAUGUACCUAGAACGUCUCGAGGACAUUGCAAUCAAUUCGUUAGAAGAAUUGUCUAGCAUGAAGCACCCCAUCGAGCUCUUGAAAGAGAUGAAGAAGGUUUCCUUUAAAUCCAUUAUCCAUGUUUUCAUGGGAACUUCUAAUCAGAACAUUGUUAAAAACAUUGGAAGUUCAUUUACUGAUUUGUCUAAAGGCAUGUACUCUAUCCCCAUCAAUGCACCUGGUUUUACUUUCCACAAAGCACUCAAGGCACGGAAGAAGAUAGCUAAAUUAUUGCAACCUGUUGUGGAUGAAAGGAGGUUGAUGAUAAAAAAUGGACAACAUGUGGGAGAGAAGAAAGAUCUUAUGGAUAUUCUAUUGGAAAUCAAAGAUGAGAAUGGUAGAAAAUUGGAGGAUCAGGAUAUCAGUGACCUGUUGAUAGGACUUUUAUUUGCCGGACAUGAAAGUACAGCAACUGGGAUAAUGUGGUCAGUUGCACAUCUUACACAACAUCCACAUAUCCUACAAAAAGCCAAGGAAGAGCAGGAAGAAAUCUUGAAGAUAAGACCAGCCUCCCAAAAACGAUUGAGUCUUAAUGAAGUCAAGCAAAUGAUUUAUCUUUCAUAUGUAAUCGAUGAAAUGUUGCGAUUUGCCAACAUUGCCUUUUCAAUUUUUCGAGAGGCUACAUCUGAUGUUAACAUCAACGGUUAUCUCAUACCAAAAGGAUGGAGAGUGCUAAUAUGGGCGAGAGCCAUUCAUAUGGAUUCUGAAUAUUAUCCAAAUCCUAAAGAAUUUAAUCCUUCUAGAUGGAAAGAUUAUAAUGCCAAGGCAGGAACCUUUCUUCCUUUUGGAGCAGGAAGUAGGCUCUGUCCUGGAGCCGACUUAGCAAAACUUGAAAUUUCUAUAUUUCUUCAUUAUUUCCUCCUUAACUACAGGUUGGAGCGAAUAAACCCAGAUUGCCCUGUUACUACCUUGCCACAAUGUAAGCCCACUGAUAACUGCCUCGCUAAGGUUAUAAAGGUCUCACGUGCUUAGCUAAUUUCAAAGACAUUUGUUUUAUAAAUCUGCGGUUGCUUCUCUUAUGUUCCAACUGGAAUCAUGAAUUUUUCUAGUUAUUGUUGUUUUUAGUUUGCUUGUUACUGUCAUGUGUUCAGAAAAAGCAAAUGAUAAUAAACUUGUAAUGGGGGAUGAUGAGAAUCACUCCACGUCUUGAUGGAUAUUGGGUGUGUUAAUUUGAUUUCUUUCUUAGUCAUUGGUUAUUUAUUUCAAUGAA